AUGUAUUACAAUAGGCUACGAGAUUUGAUCGGCUUCAUUCCCCAGCAUGACACGAUUCUUCCCGAUUUUACCAUACGAAGAAUAUCCUGUACUCUAGUCGUGUGCUACUUGGUGGGCAGCUGCAAGACCACAGAAUUCGGGAAGAGUGUCUGUGAUCAAUUAGUCGGCGGACUCCUGGGAGGUGGUGGUAGAGGUACAUCUGGGGGUGAGUAUAAGCGUGUGAGUAUUGCCCUCGCAUUGACUGCCGCACCAAAGGCUUUGAUUCUGGAUGAGCCAACGUCCAGUCUGGAUGCCACGGCUGCGCAUUCCCUGAUGAAACUUCUUCAUUCAAGUUCCCGUCAGAAUAUCAUGGUUAUUUGUCUUAUCCACCAGCCGCGCGUCGAGAAAUCUCAUCUGCUGGAUGAUCUUCUUGUUCUGAAUUCUGGGGAGCAGGUCUAUCUUGGCAAAGCGGCGGAGGCACUAGGCCACGAGUUUUCUGUUGCGUCAACCCCAGCGGAUAUGAUUCUUGAUGUUUUGAUAAAUCAUUGCGCUACACAGAACGAGAAAAAGAUAUCCCUGUGUGCCUUUACGGAGCAAAAAUCCUCCGGAAUCGAAAUGUCGGAAGCCAUGACUGCGCUCUUUCAGGUCGUCAAGCAAAGGAGAGCGUCCUGGCUUCGUCAACUCUGGCUCGCCUUUUCUCGGAAUAUUGCCCAACAAAGUCAACAGAUAACAGGCCUUGCUCUGGAGAUUGUAUUCGGUGCAGUAAUCGGUCUCAUGAUCGGAUUGGCUGCUUUUGAGUCAAGGGGCCACUUCUUCCAAGAAAUCCACCAUCAUCCGUUUCACCUUCUUUCCAGUGCAGUUUAUUAUCGUCUCGUAGUCGAGCAAGGCCUUUUAUGUUGUCUCGCCAUAUCUUGCGCGGCAGGACCUCCGGGAUUUACAACAUUCGGAGAGGAGAAGUCGAUAUUUUAUCGAGAGUCUCAGUCAGGCCAUUCUCGCAGCGCUUAUUUUCUGGGGAAAAACCUGGCGGUCUGUUUCCGAAUGGUUGUGGCGUCUUUGCAUUUCACCGCAUUCUACUUGAUUUCAGCGGCUCCUAUAAUUCCGUUUAAUAAGCAGCUUGGUCUUACCUUCUUAUACUUUUACUGCAUCUACGGCCUUCGAUUCGUUGUAUCGGCCGUCAUACGGCGAGAAGACGGACCACUACUGUGCAUGUUACUGGGCCUCAUCAUCUCUGCCCUGAGUGGGUGUGCCCGCCGGCUGUCAACUGUUCGGAACUGGCAUCUCGCGUGGUUCUGGUAUUCGUGGCCUGCGCCUCCCUAG